GGAGUGUGUACAUCAACACCAGAUCAGACAGGCAAGCUUCUAAAAUCUCAACUCUCUGUGGUACCCCGAAUAGUGAGUGUGUACAUCAACACCAGAUCAGACAGGCAAGCUUCUAAAAUCUCAACUCAUUCAAUAAAACCAUGUCAAAACUAGGUGAUGAUGAGUUAGCCUUAAUUAUCAACUGGGUUAUUGAUCAGAAUGACAGACAAUCAUUCUCUCUAGUAUGCAAGCAAUGGCUUAAUGUAGAAGGCCAAACCCGUUUAUCAAUUCGCGUUUUUGAACCCGAACUACUCCAUAAAUUCUUGCCCAGAUUCCCAAAUUUGUUAACUUUUGAGUCUUCAAAACGAAUCACCAACAACCACCUUGAAUUCAUAGCCAAUACAUGUCCUAAACUUGAGUUUCUCAAUCUCAAGCAACAAUCAAUUGAAAGCCAAAAACUUGACGGGUUUGAUGACUUAUUAGAUUUUGAUGAUGUUGGUGUUUUAGCUAUUGCGAAUGGCUGUUGCAAAUUGUGUAAAGUAUUGUUUAGAAGGAGAGGGAGGGUUGGGAAUGUUGGGGUUAUUAGUCUUGUCAAGUGUGCACAAAGUUUGAGUGUUUUAGAUUUGGGGUGGUGUAGCUUGAUAAACGAUUCAUCACUUGAAGCAAUUGGGUGUAUGAAUUCGAUUCGGGCUUUGAAUUUAGAAGGUUGUUCUUUGGUUACUGAUAAAGGUUUGACCUUUUUGGCAACCGGGUCUUCUUCAAGGACAUUAAAGAGGUUGGUUCUUGCAGAAUGUGAUAGACUUACUGAUUUCGGGGUGUCAUUGUUGCAGGGAAUGUGUUGUUUGGAGGAGUUGAAUUUGGCUGAAUGUGGGCCAAAAGUGACGGAUAAUGGAGGUAUGGCAGUUGCCUCGAUUGCUAGUCUUAAAAGAAUGAAUCUUUCAUGGUUGAUCAAUGUGUCAGAUAUUACACUUGUUGCAAUAGCUGGGAAUUGUAGGAAUUUGGUAGCUCUUGAUUUAACUGGGUGUGAGAUGAUUACUGGAACUGGCAUUCGUGCCCUUGGUUAUCAUGAGUGUUUGGAAUCAUUAGUGUUGGCUUCCUGUUACAACAUUUGUGGGGAUGACGUGGAUAUGGUUUUGAAAUGCAAGUCAUUGAGGUCUAUUGUGCUUGAUAAAGGAUUGAAGAUGUGGAUACCAAUGAGGAUGCAGGAAAACAUUAGCAGGUUUUGUCAGUUGCAUUGGAGAUAACGAUGAUGGAUAAAAAGAGGGCAAAAAAUGUUUAUGCUGGAUACCUGGGAUUAUACAGUUUCUGUGGAGACCAGAGAAGGAAAAAAAAAGUUUCUGUAUUUCCAGAGGCGAAAUCAAGGUUGAGCUAGAAAGUUGUCCAGGGCAUACAGAUGGUAGUACUAAGACGUUGAUGAUCGUCAUUACUCUAUCUGGGAAGAUAAGAACUAAUGUCGGCGUGUCAAGUUUUUAUCCCAUAAGUUUAAGGACCUCUUUAUCCUUUAUCAUCAGAGGCAGAAGAUCUGUUGUUUUACACUCCGCAUAAAAACUGGUGUCCUUCCCAAUGCUGCCUUGUCGUAACUGAAUUAAUGGCUGCUUGUAUUCUUUUCAAACUACCAAAUUUUGGGGGUACAUUGAUAUGGAUUUUGGCUCACCACGCUGCCUAAGGAAGACAAUGCAUCAGCCCUCUAUGAGGUCAUUUUCUAUGAAACUAGAACUGUUCUAGAUGAGACGGAAAAAAAUCUCAAGGUAGUUCCUGCUGCUCGUGAUUCAAUUUAUUUGCUGUGUGACUCAUGGGCAUUCCUGCAAAGUGAUUCUCUUACAAUCAUCAUUACUUUUAAGGCUUGGGAUGACUCCAUUCAACUCUACAAAGACAAGAAGAAUUAGCUGAUCUCUAUUUACUAUGUGAAGCUCAUCAACAGAGUAAUAGAGCUUCAUACAUAUGUAUUGUGAAGUUUGUUUAUUGAAUGCGUGGAGGAUUGUCGAAAUUAUGGAUAGAAGGGUUGUGAACUUUGUAAUUGAUCUAGAUAAUGGAAUAAUGUACAUCAGAGACUUCUUCGCUGUCAAA